UCCUUUCUGUGCUGUGUCCUACUCCCGUUAGGACCUGAUCGCAAGUCACAUGAAUUAGUGGGUGGAGCCGGUGCUCUCCUCUCACUCUCUGCUAGCUGCAGCUUCCCGAGACAGACUGAGUUUACUCUUGCAGUUUUUUUUUGUUUUUGUUUAAAUCAGAUUUAUUCUUUUAAUUGCUUAAUUUGUUUUUCUUUUUCUUUUUUUCUUUGGACCUAUUAAGUGCUUUAAAUAAAGACUUCCUGGGAGAGUGCUUCAUAACUGGUGCAUGAUCGGUGUGAUCUGCAGCAUGGCUGACGAUGUCUAUGGAAACAGUGACUUCCAUCAACAAAUUGGAAAAAGAAAACACAGCGACAGGGAAAGAUACCAAGCUCCAGCAGGAAUGGAUGAUGAAGAUGAUGAAGCCGACUAUGAAAAUUUUGAAGAUUCCAUUAAAAUGGAGGAGAAAAAAACAAACCAAACAGAAGCAUUCAAAGAGGAAGUGAAAUCACAGGCAGCCACAAAUCACAAUGUCUGCGGAACCAAAUCGAUUGUGUUUCUCUACGUUCUGCUGAUCGCUAGCUCUGUGAUGUGGGCGGCUCUGCUCUCCUUGCUGUUUGUGAAAUGCACUGCAGAAAUACAAACCCUGAAAACUCACCUGACAGAAAAAGAUUCUCAAAUGAGGGCAAAUUUUGAGAAUUACGUUUCUAAAGGCACUGCAGAAAUACAAACCCUGAAAACUCUCCUGACAGAAAAAGAUUCGGAAAUAGCUGCAGUACUACAGGACCUGAGAACCACACAGAAGAUCUUGCAAGACAACGAUUCGGAAAUAGCUGCAGUACUACAGGACCUGAGAACCACACAGAAGACCUUGCAAGACAACGAUUCUCAGCUCUCUGCGCUGGUCACUAGCUUUGGAAAUGACGUGUCUCACCUAAUCAGUAAAGUGUCCAUCAAACCCUGCCCCUGUGAAUGGAUCUCAUUCAAUGAAGCAUGCUACUACUUCUCCAAGAAGCGCGCAAACUGGCACAAAGCAAAGGAGUCCUGCAACAGUAAAAACGCUUCCCUCGCACUGAUCAGCAGCGCCCAAGAGCUGGAUUAUCUGAAGAGCAGAAUAGGCUCCACUCAUUACUGGCUUGGACUGAGUGAUUCUGAGACGGAAGGGAGUUGGAAGUGGCUGGACGGACGCACAGUCGAGACAAGAUUUUGGAAUUCUGGGGAGCCAAACAAUGCUGGAAAUAAUGAAGACUGUGGCAAAGUGACCAGCAGCAAGCUGAAUGACGUUCCUUGCAACUCGGAAGAACACUGGAUUUGUGAAAUGAAGCUUUAA